AUGUGUUCCCUAGUCGUCCCGUCUCCCUUCAUGAACGUGCCGGUCCAAGAAACCGUCCACUACAUCAGCGCUUUCACGUUAUCGAUUCAACAGAACCUAUUUGGUAAUUACUAUUACCAUGUGCAUUUUUCAGUUGACAACAAUCUCUACAGGCAGUUUGACGGAAUGAUCAUGAGCACCUUCAUUGUUUUGUUUCUAUCGAGUAUAUUCACGGGAUGUCUGGAAUCAUAG